CGCGAGGUUGGAUAGGAUCCGACGCGCUUCUUCCCGCUCUGUGAAAUACUCCCACCGCCUCCUCAAAUUCUCAUUUCGAAGCUCGAACUCUUCGCUGCGACGAUGCCAAUGGCGGGAACCAAGCGCUCUUCCCCUUCCCCGAUUUCGAUUGGAAAUUGCGAGGUCCAGAUCGAAGGAAAGGGGAUCGUCUGUGAAUCGAGCAAGAAAAAUCUUCUAAUUUCCGUGUCUAAUGAUGCAAAAAUCAAAAUUUCAGUGGAUGAUACAAGGAGAUAUACGCCAUGGAAAUCUGAUGAUAGUGGUGGGGAAUGUUUCCCUUUGGAGGGUCAUUCUUUCUUGCUCCUGAAUCCCAAAGAUGUGGAUAGCCGAGGCAAAUCCCUGCUGCAGGAAGUACUGAAGCUUUACAUCAAAGAACUUCCGUCAAUGAAUUAUGCUGCAAAUACUGGAAAGAAAUCUCAAUUUCUUGAAAGAUGUGUAUCCAAUGGAAAAUAUAGGACAUUGAUUUUGAAAUCAGAUUCUGUCAAAUGCCUUGGAAAGGUGAUAGCUGCAAUAUCAUACCAAAUAAUUCCUACUGACACACAAUAUGCUGAAAUACCUCUUGCUGCUGUCAGUUCAAACAACCAAAAGAAGGGUAUUGGUCAGCUCUUGUACAAGGAAUUGAAUAAGAGGCUUCAGAGUGUGGGGAUUUCAACAUUACUUUGCUGGGCAGAUGAGGUAUCUGAAGGAUUUUGGCUCAAACAGGGCUUCAUUUCAGUAGGAGAGGUGAACAGCAGAGGUAAAACUCGAAGGCUACCCAUUAAAGCUGAUAUUAGGAGGGUGUUAUGUUAUCCUGGCGGUUCCACACUUAUGGUUUCUCAAAUUAAAAAGGAUCUUAUGAAUUUUGUCAACUCUUCAAAACAUGUUAACCUGUGCUCCUUGUCAAAGUCACAUGCCAAGUCACCAAGUAAUGCUCCUUCUGAAACUCCUGGACUCACAGAAAUUAUGACCAGGGAUACUUCAAAGUAUGAAUGUCCAAGCAACCUUAAUAUCAUUCCAGACAGCCACCAAAUGAAAAAUUCUAAGUUACAAAAGUUGAUGAGCCAUGGUUGUUCAACAGAUAGACAGAAAGCUGAAGGUUUUCCUCCUGAUGCUGUUAUGGUGCUGGACUGUACAAACUUGGUUCCUUUGAAUAAUGUGGGUUGCAAUGGCAAUGAAGUUGAUUUAGGGGUGGCAGAAAAUGAGUUUGAUACUGAUGGUAGGUGUUCUCUUGGACAAAGAGUGAAGAGGCAGAUCUGGGAAGCUACAUUGUCUUCAUUAAAGUCCAAGAGAAUUAGAGGUGGUCAUCUUAUUGGCUGUUGCCAGGAGUCAAAUCAAGAUAUUGCUUGUGAGAGUUGCUCCUUAGAAACCUCUGGAUGUGAGCAGUCAGUCAGGGCAUUUCCAAAAGAUUCUAUAUGUCAUGCUGAAGGAAACAGAUUUGGUGAUGCCAACAAUGAUCUCGUUUUACAAGGAAAUUGUCCGAUAAUCAUGCUAAUGAAUAUUGCUGAUGAUGCUAAAAAAGCAUGCCUUACAAAGAUAGUUAUAGAACUUGGAGGCGCUGUAACCUGCGAAGGAAGUUCCUGUACACAUGUUAUAACAGGAAAAGCGAGAAGGACAUUAAAUUUCUGCACAGCUCUAUGCUCUGGAGCUUGGAUAGUCUCUCCUAAUUGGUUGAAAGAUAGCUUCAGGGAAGGAAGGUUCUUAGGGGAAUCCCAAUUUAUUUUAGAAGAUGAAGAAUAUUUGUUGAAAUACAAGUCUGACCUGCGGGAUGUGGUUAUGAGAGCAAAAGCAAAUCCUCAUUCAUUGCUCAGAGGAUAUCAUGUCUGCCUUGCAAAGCAUAUCCAGCCCUCUUCUGAUGUCCUAUCAACUGUCAUCAAGUCAGCUGGUGGCAAUGACUAUCUUUGUGCAUCCUGAUUCAGCAAUCAUUCCAAUUAAGGUCUAGCUCCAGUGUUAUGGUAAUUUUUGUGAAUUCCUUUUUUAGACCCCUGGCACUCAGGGCAUCCUAGGUUCAUUAAUAUUCCAAUAUCAUUUCAAUCAAUUUUCUGUUGUCUUGUUUUACUUGUUAACUGGAAUGUUCUACUCAUGUUAUUGCUUAUACAACUGGAGGGUUAAUAAGAUGAGAAUAAAAUAUUCCACUUUUAUUUUCUUAGUGUUAAUUGCAUAUCUUUUGGACAUUUUUACCACUGGUCCUCAAACUUAAUUGACUCCAUAAGCAGUGCCCCUCCAGUGUUGGUCUCCUGCAACCAAGGCUUGAGCAAGAACAUGGCAAAGUUAGAGAGAAGAGGCCAAGUCUCUAUCCUAAUUUGUUGUUAACCUUAGUCAUGUUCGGUCAACCCUGGUGACCUUAGUAAAAGGACUGAUUUGUGCAAAUGGAGAACUUUACAGGAUUUUUAUAUAUAAAUAUAAAAGAGAUUAAUAUGCAAAUAUGGA